GGGGACACGCUCACCAUCGGGACCGGACUAGGUACCGUUACCCUCCGACGGAUACAUGCAUACAACGGCUGCGACUUAUCUAUAGUUAUUUGUUGCUCUCUUAACCUUCUUAAAUUUCUUUAAAAAUAAAAGUAAAUCUUUAAACAAGGAUAAAAAAAAGAAACAUGAAUUUCUGUUAUAUUUUAAUUAAACAUCAGUGCGAAUAAGCAUAUAAGCGAUAAAAGUAUUAGAUGCUUCAGAAAUAAGCAAAUAAUCACAGUAACUAAAUUAUUUUUCACUAUAAAUAAUUUUGUUUUUAAGAGUUCAAUUUUAACUUAAUAUAAUUUUGCAGGCUUACUAAUGUUCUAUGACCUGAGAGCGGGCAAAUACUUGGAGAGUAACAUACAUUCAUCGAAGACCGUCACUCUGAGGGCUUCGAGGGGCUAUGUAGUAAGUUGCAUAUUAGAUUUUCAUAUUUAAAUUUGUUAUAUUCAUUAAUAAUUAAAUCAAGUUAACAUCGAACACAUAUAACCAGUGUUUGUUUGAACAUCGAUGAGGGUAAGGUUUAUAAUGCAAAAAUAAUUUGACUCUAUUCAAAUUUGAUACAUUUGUUCAUAGUAAAGAAACUAUAUCAUCUUUAGAAAAAUUUAUACACCGUUAAUGUAAAUAAAAAAAAAAAGAUUACAAAGUUAUUUAUAUUAUAUAGACACCUCCUGCGUAUCUAUGUUCGUAACUAUAUUUUACGAAAUAUUAAUACACUUAAAGUUUCGGGAAACAAAAAACAUUUUUAAACUUUAGGCUUUUUAUGAAUUCGAAUGUAUGAUGUGGCAAUGGUUGCUAGACUGAUUUUCGAAAAGUACUUUAAAGGUUUCAUUAUGAUAAUAUUAAACCACCAUCAGAUUUAUUUUUCUCGAAAAAUUGUUAUUAAAUAAUGGAAAAACAUAUUUUUAUUCAUCUAUUUAAAUUUCGCGAAAACAGUCAGCCACGUGAUAUUUUGAGCCGUGACGUCACAUUUCAAUGAAUAUGAGUACUGGGUACACACCCAACAAAGAAGUUGAAUGUUAUUACUGUUACGUAGCAAAUCGUAUGCUCCAUGACUGUAGUUUAAAAAUUAUCGGGCCGUACUAAAGUUGAUGAAAUUCAAUUUACUCUGGAAUAUAGCUUUUUUUUAAAUUGCCCGUCAUUACAUUUAUUAGCCUAGCAUCCUGCCUUAUCCCCACUUAUUAGCAGGCCCUGUUUAUUCUGUUUCUAUUGCCAUUCCAAGUCUUGAAUUUAGUUAGGGUCCGUCCAUUAAUCACGUGAGGCUCGAAUGGGGGGAAAACCACGACAUAUCACAAGGGGGAGGGGGGUUCGGUAGUUAUAUAUCACGUGUAUUGAUUGUUUCUUAAACACGCGAUUACUAAACCGAAAAGCGUCGCCAAAAAUUAAAAGAAGAUACUAAAAAUACACGAAAUUUUUUUUGUUAGAGGGGGUGUCUUAAACUUUUCCAUGUAUCACCAAGGAGGAGGGGGAUUAAAAAAUGCUGAAAGGAAACAUCACGCGAUUAAUGGACGGCCCCUUAAGACAUUAUACGCGGGAGGUAUCGAUUUAAGUAUCUAUAGGUAUUAUAUCGUUUACGUGUGCGGUGUUUAUAAGUCGGUAUUCCCGCAACUGUACCCGCAGUUCCCUGACGAGGAGGCGGACGGGUUCAACCAGGUGAAGUACGUGCCCGCGAUAUACACGCACUGCUACGACCACAGCGGUACCAGGAUAUUCACCGCGGGGGGGCCGCUGCCCGCGCCCCUCGUCGGCAACUACGCGGGCCUGUGGCAGUAGUGGCCGUAGUGCCCGUAGUGGCCGUAGCCCCCUCGUAGCUGACAGUGACGUCACGCUAUCACUGGCGCGCGGCUCCGGCUGUUGCUACGAAUAUGCGCUCCGUCUCUC